AUGUAAACCGAAUAAGAAUAAAUUGUGAAAUUGUUGUUGACUGGAAGUGGUGCUGCUGGGAAAUCAGCAUUUAUGUUUAAAUAUACAGAAAAUAUGUUUACAGAUAGCUAUCUCCCAACAAUCGGAGUGGAUUUUAAGGUAUAGCAUUUUGAAUUAAAUGGUAAAGCCAUAAAAGCAUAGGUAUUAUUAUAUUUAAAAUAAGAUUUGGGAUUGUGCCGGAUAAGAAAGAUUUAUGACUAUAACUUCAAGUUAUUUUAAAGGUGCUCAUGGAAUUUUUAUAUUUUAUGAUGUUACAGAUAAAUAAUCAUUCAAUGAUAUCUAGAAAUGGCUAGAUUGUAUUUUUUAUCAUAAAUUAUAAUAGAGGCAGACAAAUUUGGACAAGCGAGUGUUCCAAAAAUGUUGAUUGGAAAUAAAACAGAUUUAAAAGAUUAAAGAUAAAUUACUUUUGAAGAGGGAAAACAAUUUGCAGAUGCUUCAGGUAUGUCUUUUCUAGGUAUAUUUUUUAAUAUUUAUUAAAGAAAUAUCAGUUAAAGAUGGAUUGAAUGUUUAAUAAGCAAUUUUAUCUAUGACACUUGAAAUCUUAGCAGAAUAAGAAAAAAAUCAAUAAAAAGAAUAAAUUGAAAAAUAAUGA